GGAGACAACUAGCUAGAGACCGGAUAGAGUCGGGGAGGUUUGUAAAUUUGUAAAUACAGAACGGAACUAAUCAAAGUUAUUUUUUAAAGUCUGAAACAACAUAUCGCGAAGAGAACAUCUUUGGUCCGGUGGAGUUGUCUUUUCAAUUUUAUCGGACUCUAAUUGAUGCGCACUGAAAAGCAAUUAGGAAGUGAUUUAGGGGCAUCACCGAGGAUUAAAACUACGGUUCAGUAUUUUUUCAGGAUGUAAAUUCGGAAUAUAUUUACCUUUCAAGCGUGACAGAAGACGUGAAAUCCGUAAGAUCAUGUGCUAUCCUGUGAUGAGGUGAAUGAAGGUGAUAACCUCCGACAUGUACGAGGACAACCGAAAAAGCACUGGUCGAGAUGGGUACUCCAACGAGGCCGAAGAGGGGGAAGAAGAGGGGGAAGAGGAGGAGGAGGAGGAGGGCGGGGAAGGGGAUGAGGGGAGCGGGGGUGAUGAGAAGGGGGGGAUGGGAAACGACGAUGAGAUGAAUGGGGGGAGGAAGAUGGCCCGCACCGACACCCUCCAAUCCACCACCAGCAUCACCUCCACGGCCACGCAGAAGAAGAAGAGCCAGCAUGCUAAAAAGCAGGUGCAGGGCAACCAGCAGGUCCAGAGAGCACCCAGGGCCCUCUAUUGCCUCAAGCUCAACAACCCUAUCCGCCGGGCAGCUCUCUCCAUCGUGGAGUGGAAACCGUUUGACAUCUUCAUCCUUGUGGCUAUCUUCGCAAACUGUAUGGCGCUGGGUGUGUCCAAGCCUUUUCCCGAAGAUGACUCUAACGCCACCAACCAUGACCUGGAACAAGUGGAAUAUGUUUUCCUCAUCAUUUUCACCAUUGAAACCUUCCUGAAGAUUCUUGCCUACGGUCUAGUCAUGCACCCAAGCUCAUAUAUCCGCAAUGGCUGGAACUUGUUGGACUUUGUCAUUGUCAUUGUCGGAUUGUUCAGUGUGGCUCUGGAGACCAUGACCCACAAGUCAGACGUGGUGGUGACCCACCACGUGCCAGGCAAACCAGGCGGGCUGGACGUCAAAGCCCUGCGUGCCUUCAGAGUGCUCCGGCCCCUGAGACUGGUAUCAGGAGUGCCCAGUCUGCAGAUUGUGUUGAACUCCAUCAUGAAGGCCAUGGUGCCCCUGCUGCACAUCUCCCUGCUGGUCCUCUUCGUCAUCAUCAUCUACGCCAUCAUCGGCCUGGAGCUCUUCAUCGGACGCAUGCACAAGACCUGCUUCUUCAUCGGCACAGAGGACUACGCCGAUGACGACCCUUUGCCGUGUGCGUUUGCCGGUAACGGCCGUCACUGUAUGGUGAACGGCUCUGAGUGCAAAGGGAGGUGGGACGGCCCCAACAACGGCAUCACCAACUUUGACAACUUUUUCUUCGCCAUGUUGACGGUGUUCCAGUGCAUCACCAUGGAGGGCUGGACCGACGUGCUCUACUGGAUGAAUGAUGCCAUAGGGUUUGAAUUGCCUUGGGUCUACUUCGUGAGUCUCGUCGUCUUUGGGUCCUUCUUCGUGCUUAACCUUGUGUUGGGUGUGUUGAGCGGAGAAUUCUCCAAGGAGCGAGAGAAGGCCAAGGCGCGCGGGGACUUCCAGAAGCUGCGGGAGAAGCAGCAGAUGGAGGAGGACCUGAGUGGCUACAUGGACUGGAUCACGCAGGCCGAGGACAUCGACGAGGAAGACGAGGACGGAAAUAAACGCCCGUCCCUGCGUGACCUCUCCGGCAAGAAGAGGGGCAGCAAAUUCGGCUGGUUCAGCCACUCCAACGAAACCCACGCAAGUCUCCCUGCCAGUGAAACAGGCUCAGAGAACACAGAGAACAUUGAGGAGGAGGAGCACACUGAUUGCUGUACCCUAUGCUGUGCGCGCGUGAUGAGAAUCCCAUGCUGUCGAGCGCUGAGGCGCUGGAAUCGUGGAGUUAGGAGGAACUGCCGGACAGCGGUGAAGUCGGUCACCUUCUACUGGGUGGUUCUCCUGCUGGUGUUCCUGAACACGGCCCUGAGCGCCUCGGAGCACUACGACCAGCCUGACUGGCUCACUGAGGUCCAGGACAUCGCCAACAAGGUCCUGCUCUCCCUCUUCACGGUGGAGAUGCUCCUGAAGAUGUACAGCUUGGGCCGUCAGGGGUACUUUAAGGCGUUCUUCAACCGCUUCGACUGCUUCGUGGUGUGCGGCGGGAUCAUGGAGACGGUGCUGGUGGAACUAGAGAUCAUGCCCCCUCUGGGGAUUUCCGUGCUGCGCUGCGUCCGUCUUCUCAGAAUCUUCAAAGUCACCAGGCACUGGGCAGCCCUGUCCAACCUGGUGGCAUCUCUGCUGAACUCCAUGAAGUCCAUCGCCUCGCUGCUGCUGCUGCUCUUCCUCUUCCUCAUCAUCUUCGCCUUGCUGGGCAUGCAGCUGUUCGGUGGCAAGUUCAACUUCGACGAGACGCAGACCAAACGCAGCACCUUUGACGCCUUUCCCCAAGCAUUGCUCACCUGUUUCCAGAUCUUGACAGGUGAAGACUGGAACAUGGUGAUGUACGAUGGCAUUAUGGCCUAUGGAGGUCCAGUAUUUCCUGGAAUGAUUGUCUGCUUGUAUUUUGUUAUUCUCUUCAUCUGUGGUAACUACAUCCUCCUGAACGUCUUCUUGGCUAUCGCUGUGGACAACUUGGCUGGUGGAGAAGAAGAAAAAAAGACAGAAGAGAAGAAAGAGGGAGCGGAAGCAGCAGUGGGGGAGGAGGUGGUGGGAGAGAAUGCUGACGUGAAGGUUGAAGUGGAUGAAUAUGAGGAAGAGGAGGAACGCGAAGAAGGAGAGGGAGAACAAGGUGACAAGGAGGCAGAGGAGCAGCUAAAAGUGACUGACCUUGUCCCGCCCAAAGAGAAGAUCGUCCCUAUCCCCGAGGGCAGCGCCUUCUUCUGCCUCAGCCAGACAAACCCGAUCAGAGUAGGCUGCCACAUUCUAAUCCAUCAUCACAUCUUCACAAAUCUCAUCCUGGUCUUCAUCAUCCUGAGCAGUAUCUCCCUGGCUGCAGAGGACCCCAUCAGGGCUCACUCCUUCAGAAACAAUGUCCUGGGCUACGCUGACUAUGCCUUCACGUCCAUAUUCACCGUGGAGAUCAUCCUGAAGAUGACUGUUCAUGGGGCGUUCCUACACCAGGGCUCCUUCUGUCGAAAUGUAUCAAAUCUGCUGGACCUGCUGGUUGUCAGCGUGUCUCUUGUGUCUUUCUUCCUGCAUUCAAGUACUAUCUCUGUGGUCAAGAUUCUCCGAGUGCUUCGAGUGCUGAGGCCUCUCCGAGCCAUCAACAGAGCAAAAGGACUUAAGCAUGUGGUUCAGUGUGUGUUUGUGGCCAUCAAAACCAUCGGAAAUAUCAUGGUCGUCACCACACUCUUGCAGUUCAUGUUUGCCUGCAUCGGAGUGCAGCUCUUCAAGGGAAAGUUUUAUCGCUGCACAGAUGAAGCUAAGCACACACCGGACCAGUGCAAAGGGACAUUUGUAGUGUACAAGGAUGGGGAUGUGAAUCACCCAAUGGUGAGGGAGAGAAUAUGGCUCAACAGUGACUUCAACUUUGACAACGUGCUCAUGGGCAUGAUGGCUCUCUUCACCGUGUCCACUUUCGAGGGCUGGCCAGCGCUUCUCUACAAAGCGAUUGACGCCAACUCGGAAAACCACGGCCCUGUCUACAACUAUCGUGUGGAGAUCUCCAUUUUCUUCAUCAUCUACAUCAUCAUCAUUGCCUUCUUCAUGAUGAACAUCUUCGUAGGUUUUGUCAUCAUCACAUUCCGUGAGCAGGGAGAACAAGAAUACAAGAACUGUGAGCUGGACAAAAACCAGAGGCAGUGUGUAGAGUUUGCAUUGAAGGCGCAGCCUCUGAAGCUUUACAUUCCAAAGAAUCCUGUGCAGUACAAGUUCUGGUCCGUGAUCAACUCUACUCCUUUUGAGUACAUCAUGUUUGUCCUGAUCCUCCUCAACACUGUCACCCUGGCCGUACAGCACUAUGAGCAGACAAAAGCCUUCAGUCACAUCAUGGAUAUCCUCAACAUGGUCUUCACAGGUCUCUUCACUGCGGAGAUGAUCCUGAAACUGCUCGCUCUCAGACUUAAGCACUACUUCAUGGAUGCCUGGAACUCCUUUGAUGCCCUGAUUGUCGUUGGCAGUGUGGUGGACAUUGUAGUCACUGAAUUCAGUAGCUCCGAUGACAGCUCUCGAGUGUCCAUCACGUUCUUCCGCCUGUUCCGUGUCAUGCGAUUGGUCAAGCUGCUCAGCAAGGGGGAGGGCAUUCGCACCCUCCUCUGGACCUUUGUCAAGUCCCUCCAGGCCCUGCCAUAUGUAGCUCUCCUUAUUGCCAUGAUCUUUUUCAUCUAUGCUGUCAUCGGCAUGCAGACCUUUGGGAAGAUCGCCAUGCAAUCUCACACUCAGAUCAACCGGAACAACAACUUCCAGACUUUUCAGCAGGCAGUACUGCUUCUCUUUAGGUGUGCCACAGGUGAGGCCUGGCAGGAGAUCAUGCUGGCCAGUCUGCCCGGCAGGCGGUGUGACCCUGAGUCGGACUACGAGCCCGGGGAGGAGUUCACCUGCGGCAGCACCUUCGCCAUCAUCUACUUCAUCAGCUUCUUCAUGCUCUGCGCUUUUCUGAUUAUCAAUCUGUUCGUUGCCGUCAUCAUGGACAAUUUUGACUAUCUGACACGUGAUUGGUCUAUUUUGGGUCCCCAUCAUCUCGAUGAAUUCAAGAGGAUCUGGUCAGAAUAUGAUGCUGAAGCCAAAGGGCGCAUUAAACACCUUGACGUAGUGGCUCUUCUGAGAAGGAUCCAGCCUCCUCUUGGCUUCGGCAAGCUUUGCCCUCACCGUGUGGCCUGCAAGCGACUGGUGGCUAUGAACAUGCCCCUAAACAGUGAUGGCACUGUGACCUUCAACGCUACCCUCUUUGCACUGGUUAGAACAGCCCUGAAGAUCAAAACCGAAGGAGACCCCAACCAGGAGAAUGAGGAGCUGAGGAUUAUCAUCAAGAAGAUCUGGAAGCGCAUGAAGCCCAAGAUCCUAGAUGAAGUCAUUCCGCCACCUACUGACGAGGAAGUAACAGUUGGGAAGUUCUACGCUACCUUCCUGAUCCAGGAUUACUUCAGGAAGUUCCGCAAGCGAAAAGAGAAAGGGGAUAUGGGUGAGCCAGACCCCAACAACCCCUCUGCUUUACAGGCUGGUCUGCGUACCCUGCAAGACCUGGGGCCAGAGAUGAGGCUGGCCCUGAACGCCGACCUGGAUGAGGAAGAGGAGGAAUGCCUCGAAGAAGAGCCAGAGGAGGAGGAUGACCCCCAUUAUAAGGGUGAGAAUGGCUACGCAGGGCACUCAGAGCCCUCCGCCAAAGACCGACGGGCUUCCAUGGCUCCCACCCCCACCAAUACCUCCGUCCCCCUCCCCGGAGAUGGGGUCUCCAAUGGCGGACUUUCACACCGGAGCGCCCUCGCCAAGACGCCCAACGGAGGAGGGCUAAUCGAGGACGACAUGAGGAGGGAUGACAUGAGGUCACACCACUCGCACUACAGAAAUAAUGGCGUGAUCGACCAGCCGCCCAAGAGAACUUCCUAUUACAAGUCCUCUCGGAGGGAGUCUAGAGACCGCUACUCGUCGCGAAGGAAAGAUCUGAUGGAUGGAGAUGACGGUUACUCCGGAGAGCAGGGCUAUUACAGGGAGGAAGAUAGCGAAAGCAUUAUCUCAAGAGAGAGGCAAGGUUAUCCCGAUGAGCCUUUGAGGUACCCUGGGCAGCGCAACCAGAUGUACGACUCACCUUCUAGUCACUCUGUUUACGUCAACCAUUAUGCGAACGGAAACGGAGAGGGCCGAAGAACUGCCCGACGACGCCUUCUCCCCGCUACACCUACAGGUCGCAAACCAUCCUUUAAUAUCCAGUGUCUGAGGCGUCAGGGCAGCAGUGAUGACCUCCCCAUACCCGGCACCUACCACCAGAACUCCCCACCCUGCCGAGCACGCUCUCAGCCAACGCCAACGCCGUACGGCGGCAGCUACGAGUCCAGGCGCAGCAGCAGCCGGUCCUCCACAGGCUCUUCGGCCUCGUGGGCCAACACUGGGCCUCGGCGCGGACGCCUGCUUUAUGCCCCCCUCAUCCUGGUGGAGGAGGAGGGGGCUGCUGGCAACGGCGCGUGGGGGGACAAGAAGACCUCCGGAGCAAAUGUCCCCACGUCAGGGCGGCCGGACUGGUACGGAGCGCCAUCUGGGACAGGAGGCGCCCAACCUUACCGGGCCUACACGACCCUGAGGGUGCCCGCUCAGCUUGGGCCUCACUACAGCGAGAAGAGGGGAAGCGCCGACAGUCUGGUGGAAGCGGUCUUGAUCUCUGAGGGGCUGGGUCUCUAUGCCAAGGAUCCCAAAUUUGUGGCCUUUGCCAAGCGAGAAAUCGCUGAUGCCUGUCAGAUGACCAUCGACGAGAUGGAGAGUGCCGCCAGCGAUCUGCUAAGCCGGGGGAGCGGAGGGAACGGAGGGGGCGGGGGCACAGGCGGCUUCCUGAACCACACGGACAUGGGGCCCAUGUACAGCGACGAGGAGCCAAUCAGAAGCCGCGAUGAGGAGGAGCUGGCAGAUGAGAUGACCUGUGUCACUUCAUUCUGAAAAGCCAAGGGACCAAUCAGGAGAUCGAGGAAGAGGGAGCAAGAGUGUGACAAGCCAAUCAAAGGCCAUUCUGUGCUUGACAGCGACAAGGGCAUGCACACUGCAGAGAUGGAGCUCAGUCUAAUCAGAGAUCAGAGAAUAUGUGGGAUCAUCACAGUUAGUGGGGAAAAAGGUUAGAUUUAGAGCAAUAUGUAUUUAAAAGAUUUUUUUUUUAAAUAUAUAGUUAUGGCUUAAAUAUGCUGUAUGUACAAUACAUAAACUGUACAUAUAUACAUAUAUAUACAUAUUUUAAAUACAUUUCAGCAAUCCAGGAUGGUUGGAUUGUAGAGUUGACUUCAAAGGCAAAGAGGACAGAAGACAGUGAUCAGAAAGAAGGAGUGGACAUGCCAAGGGAGUAGACAGGCUGAUGCAAAAGGAGACAGGGAUGCAGGGCAGAGAGAGGAGAGGGGGACACAAACUAUGGAUCACUGACUGAAUGGAUGCAGCGCGGAGGCAUCUGAACGAGAAGACUCAUUCUGAACUGUCUACAGGACUUCAUGUUGUACAUGCAAUAUAUAUGUAUAUAUUUGUUGUUUUUCUUCUUUUUUUUUUUUUUGUCAAGGAAAUUUUGAUUUGAUCACAUUGCUAAAGGGAUUCUGCUGUUCUUGACCAUUUGGCAUAUUUUCACAGACAUGUCUUUCUUUACAACACACAAACAACACACACACACACACACACACACACACAUACACAUACACACCCUCACAAUAUUUACACAGUACCCCUUUGAACAGUCAACAUCUCUCAGUGGUUAUGUACUGCCACUCACCAACAUGCCAACCCUCUGUCCUGGUCUUAUUUUGAAUUGCCCAUGAGGUGGCAUCCCAACCUUUGCAUCACCAAUCUUUUGUCUUGCAUUGUUGUUGUUUUUUACUGUAACUGUGUGAAAUGUUUUAUUCUGUUUCACUGUGUGUAUGAAGGGCAUGAUUGGGUUUAGAUGAUAUACUGUGGUUUUUGAUAUGUCCCAUACAUACUUGAAGGGUUUAUGAGAUAGACAAAAAAUGUAUGCACUGCGUUUAGUCGAUUUAAGUCAUUUUGUACCAAAUUUUGUCAUACACGCCAUUUUGUAUAUUCAAGCGUAUAUUUAAGGCCAGUUCAUCAUUCACCAUCACGUAAAGAGAUAAUAUCAGAUUUAUAUCAAGUAACAUUGAAACAAAUGUAUUUAAAAUGUAUUUACUGAUGAAUUACUAUGUUUGUAAAUCAAAAUACAAAAUUGAAUAUUU